UUCAUUGUUUGCUUGCUAGAGCUACAAUCGAUGUUUCGUCAUUGAGGAGAGUCAAUAUGGGGUUUUAGCUAACGCACUAAUGUAUUGUUAGGCUAAUCUCGGAUCUAUCAAAUUCGUUUCAAUUCGGCUAAAAACAAGACCCCGUAAUAAAGGACAGAAUAGACUAUCUUCUGUUUCUGUCCAGAAUAGACCCCGUAAUAAAGGAAUAUACAAGGGCGAAAUUUAGAGAAAAUGUUGCGGAUAGUCUAAUAACCCUUUCCAAGCUAUGAACAGCGUGAAGUCCGUGCUCUUUCCCCAACGCAUUGCUGUCUUUCUCCAAUUCUCUUCUCCCUUCCGGUCCCCCACUGCUGCUGCUGUGUUGUUAACAUGUUGUGGAAGAGUUCCAAACACGCCGGUGCAGCAGUUGGUAUGACCAGGAGGUCACUAGUGAAGACGUACACUCCACUGGCCAAUGCAGUGCACGAAUCUACCGAGCUCACCCACAUGAAAUUCAGCUAGCUAAGUGAGCUUCACAAAACUAAUUCAGUCAGGUAGGUAAGUAGGUAACGCACACACUGCAAGAGCACAUAUGCAGAAACGAAGAAAUCUUCACAUCACUGCCCAGCACCAACCACACCCCAACCGGCUCAGCUCACCUACAGCCCAGCGGACAGCCGGACGCUGACCAUGGCCUUUGUGUGAUGCACCUGAUGGACCGGAGAAGGCAGCCUCGCACAGCUGCACGAACACAGGGCAAAAUUUCUUGCAAGAAAUGCAGAUCCACCUGAAACCAGUAUUAAAAAAAAAGAAAGAAAGGUCCGUGCGCUGUCAGAUCACUCGUAGGCCACUACUAUAUGAAGCCGUUUACUUGGGCAGCUGCUGAUGCUUGGGCAGCUGCGAGCACUGCCAUCUCCACCUGCGUUCUGAGCAGUACAUUCCAUUCCGUCCCAUCGAUCGGUCCACUGGACGAUGGCUUCCCUCCUCCUGUUCCUGCGAGCCAUUGUCAUCAGUGCCGAUGACGAGGAACUCACGGGCGCGGACGAGGAACGGGAGGCGGCGGCGCGUGAACGGCGGCCGGAGAACUGGGCGUUCGGGCCGGCGGCGGCGCGCGACGCGGAGGAGGAGGAGGAGGAGGAAGAACGGUGGCUGGUCUCCUGCCUGGAGUGGCCUCGCGUCGACCGCAAGUCCGCGUGGAUGCAGAUGGUUUGACGGCCUGGUGGGACGGACGGACGAUGGAGCCAAGUGCUUGAGACGAUUCAUCUUGCUCGCCGUUGCCGCGUGUUUUCUGGAUGAACGAGAAUUCCGUCCGGACGUUUCUCCUCCCCCCUUGCCGCAAUCACUGUCUCCCAGUCUAGCAGACAGAACAACUCAACAGCUCUGUUGUAAAGUUUCAAUGGAAGUUACUCUUGCAUAGUGCCUAUUCAGUUCGGCAAUGUUUAUUACACAUCCACGGCCCUACAGUGCUGCAGAGGAAGAGAGAGGCUAUUAGGCUAUUGUCAAUGAAAAUUUCGUAACCAUCUUUUCAACACUAUUAUAUCAUUAAAAAUGUUAUGAAACUAAGAAUGAAACAAUG